CUAGCUGCUUAAAGAGAUAGUGAAUCAUAGCAAAAGAAGUUAGGAGGAAAAAGACGGUGAGGAUUCAAUUAUCCAUCCAUAUAUUUUAGAAUUAUCAUUUUUAACAAAUAAUAGCUGUCAGAGAGGAACAGAGAUAAAGGACCUAGCAUUUGGCUUGCAAGUGUCAGAGGAUAAUGGGCAGCUUAAAGCCAAUGGUGUACAUAGUAGGGAAACGUAAGGGAAGUGGGCAGAAGUAAAAGAAAAAACCAAGAUGAUAACAGGAGGACAAUGACAACAACGAAGAAGGAGGAGCCUAUAACUGAACUAGACCGACUUAAUCGAUUGCAGGACACUAAGAUUCACCAGGUUAACAUAAAUUCACAACUCAGAGAAUGCUGAGCAAUGGAGAGAAAAAGAGACCAGGAGAAACCUUUUACUCGGAAGCGCAGCUUUACUUUUGGGGCAUACGGGGGAGCAGAUAAAUUUUUUGCCUGCACCGGAUACCCAAGUAAAACUGAUGGUACUCACAGAAUUACAGAUAUACUGGACUCCGCAUCGCAGGACAUGAGUACACUGUACAGUGGGUCAGUGUAUCAUAAGACAGCUGACCUCUUUGAAAUGAUUGAAAAAAUGCAGGGCAGCAGAUUGGAUGAGCAGAGAUGUGUUUUCCCUCCUCCACAUAAGACUGAGGAAAAAAUCAGCAUAUAUACACGGAUUCAGGAGCUUAUUAAGCAAGGAAAACCCAUUCCAUUAAUUCUUGUCCCCCCUUCUGGGGGCUAUCGGAUGGAAGAAUCACGCUAUAUAUCAGCUGAGGAAUGGAGCAACCCAGAUGAUCUCAUCUUGGAAAGCAAAUGCUCAUCCACCCCUGCAACUAUCCUACUGGAGAGAGACCCAGUGGCUCGAAUUUACCGACAACAUUUCUUUGGGAAAGAUCAUCAGAAUUUCUAUGGUACUGAUAGUACCCAAGGAAAUGUUGUUCUGUCAGUUCGUCAAGAUGAAGGUGACCUGGGCUGUCUGCGACUUAUACUGAGGAUGAAGAGUGUUUCACUUCAUCGUAUUUUCUCCAGCAUGGGUCCAACUGAGUUCCCCAGCAUCUGUCAACUUGCCAAGCUCUUGUGUGAAGAUUUGAAUGUGGAGCAUUUCUAUCCAGUUGUUUACCCUAAGGCCUCCCAGCUGAUCCGAUCCUUUGAUGAACAUCUGCUCAGUGACCAGUUCAAAUUUGGAGUCUUGUUUCAGAGAGAAGGACAGCUAACAGAAGAAGCCAUAUUGAGCAACUGUGAGGAAACUCUUGAAUUUGCUGAAUUCUUGUCUGUGCUUGGUAAAACAGUGCCUCUCAGUGGCUAUACAGGAUUUAGGGGUGGACUGGAUGUAUGUUAUGGUCAGACUGGGGUUGAGACCGUGGUCACCAGAUUUGCUGGAAAAGAAAUAAUGUUCCACGUUGCCACAAAGUUGCCAUUCACAGAAGGGGACCCCCAACAGCUUCAAAGAAAACGUCACAUUGGAAAUGAUAUUGUAUCAGUGGUCUUCCAGGAAGGUCAAACUCCCUUCUCUCCUGAUGCCAUUGCCUCAAAUUUCCUGCAUGCAUUUCUGGUUGUUAGAAGAAAAAGGGAGGAGAGGCCAGUUACUUAUGAGGUGUCUGUUGUUACCAGAGAAGAUGUUCCUGAGUUUGGCCCUCCCCUUCCAAGACCACCUAUCUUUACAAAGGGAGCUUUACUUCGUGAAUUCCUCCUCAACAAGCUGAUAAAUGCAGAGAUAGCCUGCUACCAGGCUGAGAAGUUCAAGAGACUGGAGGAGCGAACUCGGGGAGCUCUUCUGGAUGCCCUGCAUCGGGAACUCAUCAGCCGCUCCCAAAUCAUGCUGCGAUCAGCAUCUCCAGGGUCAGACGGGGAAUGCAUGGAGAAUGAGGCCACCACACCAGGAGGUUUCCUGGAAAAUUUUAAACGUGCAAUCCGGGUUCGUAGUCAGUCUCUUGAUACCAGUGGGCCUGGUGGGAAAAAACAAAUUGGAGGAUCACCUCAGAAACAUAGACUGUCAAGAGACAGUAUGCCACGUUUCUCAACUACUUUGGGGGCAAAAGACAACACAAGUGAAGAAAGAGGCAGUGAGGUGACCAGUCAUGGAUUUAGUAACGGCCCAGUUGGUACUCUCACUCCUUCACCCUCAAAUGAAAACAAUGGGACAGCUGGCAGAGUUGAUGUUCACAGUAAUGAAGAGGAAGGAUAGACUAAAAGAUGGACCCUUGAACAUAGAA